AUGGCUCAAUCAUCGAGGGCCGUGAUCCUGCUGGCUGCGAUCUUUUUGCAAUUCUUGAAUUUGCCGCUUCUUGUCGCUGCGAGUAUCCAAGAAAAGCUCGUCGGAUUUGAGCCAUCCGCCGGGGCCGUUGAAAUCCACAGCGCCACAAUCCUUUACGACGAUAAUGAUCCGAUCGGUAUCAAGAUUGCCGUAAAUAGUCUGGCCGAGGACUUGGAGCAAAUCACGGGCCGCAAGCCACCCGUCAAAGCAUGGCGAGCCGCCAACCAGACCAGCGACUCUGGCUCUCGUACUUCUCCCCAAGCUGUCAUUAUUGCCGCCACCGUCGACUCCCCGCUACUGCAGAACCUCGAGCGCGAAAAGAAGGUCGAUGUUGAAGAUCUUCGUGGCAAGUGGGAGUCUUUUCACACCACCCUGGUCAAGGAUCCUUUGCCAGGCGUUCAGCAUGCGCUCGUCAUCGCCGGCAGCGACAUGCGCGGUGCCAUGUUUGGCAUCUACACAUUGUCGGAACAGAGUGGAAAGUCUCCCCUGCACUGGUGGGCGGACGUCCCCGUAACCAAGCACAGGAGGAUUUACGCCCUCGACAAGACGGUGACCCUUGGCGAGCCGAGCGUCAAAUUCCGCGGCAUCUUCAUCAACGACGAAGCCCCUGCUCUGACCGGCUGGUGGGCGAACCACUCAAACAGAACAGACUACACCUUCGACGCCGAAUUCUACGAGCGCGUCUACGACUUGCUUCUCCGCCUCAAGGCAAACUUCAUCUGGCCCGCCAUGUGGGCGAGCUUCAUCCCCAAGCCGGGUCGCAUCUUCUUCACCGACGACAACCGGAGCCAGCAGCUGGCGAGCGACUACGGCAUCGUCGUGUCGACGAGCCACCACGAACCCAUGCAACGGGCGUCGAACGAGUGGACUCUCAACCCGGCAGGCAAAUGGAAUUGGGUAGAGAACAAGGACAAUGUCGUCAAGUUCAUGGAUGAGGGAAUUCGGCGCGCGGGCCAGAACGAGACGUACUUCACGCUGGGCAUGCGCGGCGAGAAUGACGGACCAAUUAACGCAGCCGAUCCUAUCGCUGUCCUCGAGGAUGUCUUUGAGACACAGCGCAGGCUGUUGGCUAAGCACUACGGCAACGAGACGGCCGCACGACAGGUCUGGACCAUCUACAAGGAGGUUGCGACCUACUACGCCGCCGGCCUGACGCCCCCUGACGAUGUGACGCUCAUGUUUACCGACGACAACUGGGGUAAUGUGCAGCGCUUGCCAACUGAAGAGGAGCGGAAAAGAUCUGGAGGCAUUGGUUAUCUCGAGACCCUGGCCGAGAGAGACUUCGGCGCUGAAGUCGCCAAGGACGUCGCGUCGGCUUGGUUGGCCUAUAGCCAUCUGAUCGGCAUGCGGCAGUUUGAGACGACCGAGCCCACGACAUUCUCCCAGCUGAGUUUCGAGGAGGCCGACAACAUGGUCAAAGCCUGGAAGUCACUCGCUGAUCUAGCUCAGUCGAUCAGUGAUAGGCUACCUCGCAAUCGCCGUGACGCUCUCUACCACACGCUUCUGUAUCCUGCGUUGGCUGGGCAUAAUUACAUCUCGAUCGUUCUGGGACAGGGCAAGAACCAGCAGUACGGCUUCGAGCGGCGAAACUCGGCCAACGCCGUUGCUCACAGGCUGAUCGACGAAUUUGAGAAUGACCACGAUCUGGUACAGAGAUACGACCGCAUCGCCGGCGGCAAAUGGAAAGGCAUCAUGGCGACGCCCAAGUUCGAUAUGAGCGUUGCCGACUGGCGCCCGUCGUCGCGGGACGUCCUCUCCAACUUGUCCUUCGUCCAGCUCCGCCAGGACUUUGACUAUGGUUUCGGGAACCUAGGCAUAUACGUCGAGCAAUCGCGUAGCGCGCUGACGCAGGGCGGCAUCUGCGCCUCUAUCAACCCUUCACUGCCUACGAAAGACGGCUUUUCGCCGAGGAUGCGCCUCAUGCAACCUCAUGGUCCCGAGUCUCGCUUCAUCGACCUGUUCCACCGCGGCGACCAGCGCAAGUCGAUCCCUUGGUCCGUGGGUACGGCCGAGCCGUGGAUCAAAUUUUCCAAGACGUCGGGCCAAGUCACGGCCGACGAACCGGAGGCACGCAUCGAUGUCAGCAUCGACUGGGCGUCUGUGCCGUCGGGGCUCAGUAAAACGGUCGAAAUUCGCGUUUCCUGGGAACCAGAGCCAUACUUUGACAUUGUUCACCUGCCCAUACUCAACUUGAACGCUCCCGCAGACUUCAAUGGCUUCCCUGAAACUGACGGUUACAUCUCAAUCGAAGGACCCCACCACCAAAGGUCAUCGGGCGAAGCCAGCGGCGAUGAGAUUGGCUUCCAACACGCGCCUCGCCUAGGCUCCCGAUCCGAAUCCGGCUCCGUCGCAUUACGCCCGUACGCCGCCGCAAAGAAGGCCCCAGAGGAUGCCAAGAAGGCUUGGCUAGAAUAUGACAUCUACAUUCUCGGCGCGGCUACGCGCAACCAGGUCAACGCGACAGCUUACAUCAACGGUGCUUUGGACACCGACCCCGACACCCCAAUGGAGUUCUCUCUGUCGGUUGAUGACGCGGCGGCAAAGUUCACGCGCGUCCUGGGCCAGCCGGCCAAGGCGGGCGAUACGCCUCCAGAGUGGACUGCAGGUGUGGCGGACCAUGUGUGGAAGAAGACCGUUGCGCUUGGUAACCUUGCGCCUGGAAAACACACGCUGAGAUGGCAGGCAAACUCGCCCGAGGUUUAUCUUGAGAAGAUUGUGGUUGCCACGCAGGGCAGGGUGCCAGAGUCUUACUUGGGUCCCCCCGAGACUCGUCUUCUUCAAUGA